AUGGUCUCAUUAUCAAAUCAACAAGAAUUAAAUAACGCACUUGAAAAAUAUAAUGGCUCAGAAAAUGGUCAUUGGGUACUUUUAACUUAUAAAACACCAACUCAAUUACAAUUUAAAACUUCAGGUGAUGGUUUACAAUCAUUGGGUGCAGUAUUACAAGAUAAUGAAGUUGCUUACUAUAAAAUUAGAUUAGAAUAUAAUUCAAAUGAUGCUGGUUUCAAAGAUGGUGUUAUUGGUAACAAAGCAAAUACAAAAGAUAUUUUUGUAGCUUGGACUGGUCCAUCUGUUGGUAUCAUUGAAAAAGGUAAAAAGAAAUCUCAUGUUGGUGAUGCUAAAGCUUUCUUCCAACCAUUCCAUUCUGAACUUACUCAAACUAGUAAAGAUCCAAAAGGUAACUUUACUGAAGCAAUCCUUAAAGAUAGAAGUGGUCCAUUAUCUGGUUCUCAUAUUAUUGAUUAA